GCAGUCCCAGGGGAGGGAGUCAGAGCUAGAACGCCAAUUACAAACCACAGGCUUCCUGCUCUAGGAGCUGAUCCAGAAUUGUCUUUCUGAAAGGGAAGCACUCGAAUCCUUUCGAACUUUCCAAGUCCAUCCAUGAUUCAGAGAUACUGCCUUCUCUCACUGGGAUUUUCUGUGUUUGUGGUAGUGAAUUGUUGCUGAUGUAUUGCUGCAUUGCUUCUUUUCUCUUUCAAGAUUUGACCACUUAAUAUGCUGUUCGAAAAGGAAAAGAACUUUUGUUAGAAAUAUUUCAGAAAUGAUGUUGGAUCUUCUGUAAAUGUUUUUAGAGUUCUUGGGGACAGUAGCUCUCAUCCUGGAAUAAGUUUUCUUGACCUGCAUGGAUUAUUUUUUCAGGCUGCGGAAUUUCUCGGCACCUACCUGUAGUGUGGGACACUUGGUUUGGUUGCAGAGCCUGAAGGUGGAAGAAUGAGCUGUACUUGCUUAAGCAGUUCUAACCCUUUCUGAGCAGGAUCUAUAAAAGCAUAAGUGAAUGUGUUUCACCCCCGUGGAUUCCAGUGGGCCCAACAGCGCAACAGGUUUGCAGAUUUCUUUUGGAAUUAUUUUUUUUUUCCUUCUGCUUUAGCAAAAGAGUAGAAUAUAACAGGUUCAUGUUCAGUUGCUUGGCUUUUUCGCACUGAUUCUGAAGACUAUAUAAGAUCUUUUAAACUUCACCUCCAAAUGCAGUGGGCUUUAUGGGUAAAGUACAUUUAUAUUCACUUAAGGGUGCUCAUUUUAAAAUCUUAUUCUGUGUUUAUACGAAAACCCAGCAUUCUCAUAUGUGCCUACAAAUAGCACAGAACUACUCUACUUGGGCUUAAUUGUAGUUUUUUAGGGUGUUCUACUUAGAGCCUAUGACUAAUCAUGUCCCCACUCCCCCGAUCUUUUAUUCUCCACCCCCCCUCAUGGAAUUUGAAAACGUAUUGGGAAUAGUUCUUUGUUUUUCUAAUGAAACUAAAAAAUUACAGUUUAUAUCUGGAUAUUAGUUUCCAAAAGCAUCUCAUGGGAAAUAAGUGCUUGAUAUUCUCAAGCUAGAGAAUAAAAUCUGGAAUCCCUAAGAGAGAAAGGAAAUUGGUGAUAGAAAUAUGAAUUUUAACUAGGAAAAAUAACUGGAACACUAAUCUUUUCAAAUAUUCUAAUUUUGAAAAUUGGAAAAGGUUGUGAUGUGCAGGAUUAUCCUAUAAUAUAUGAAGAUACUAGUACCUACUUAAUAGGCAACUUUUGGUAGAACACAUAAACUUAUAGUAUGUCCAAGUUCAUGAAAAGUGUAUAAGUUUAGUGGAUCUAGAAUUUUGGACUACACUGAGAAACAAUUUAUUUCUGAUACGUGCUAUAGCAUCCCUCAAGGUGUGGUAUGAAAUUUUUAAAAAUUAUUCCUUCUCUUCUAUUAAAAAAGUUCCUUGUGGUCUUUAAUCAUUUACAAUUGACCAAUUUUGUGGCUUAAAAGGUCGGUGUCUUCAUUUUCUGAGCUGGAGUUACUCAUUCUCAUCUUUGAUGCAUGGCCUUAGCUGUUUACUUUGCCUUGUUUUGUUCAUCAACAUUGGGUUUAGUGCCUCGGCAACUUGAUGCAUAUGGAACCAAUACCAAGUGACUUGACAUAAGAAAAAUUCACGAUGUGACAUUCAAUCUCAAGUGAAGCUGGAAAUUCCGAAGAGAAGUGGUGUUCUUGUUAGUCAGAGCAAAGAUGGGAGAAAACAACAUACCUGCAGCAGAAGUGGGCUAAAAACACCCUCUUCUCUGCCCAAUCAGGAAUGCCACCUGUUCUUGGGAAUAAACUUUAGAGAAAAGAAGGGCCAAAACUAUGACUUGGCUUUCUGAAACUGAAGCAUGAAUUCUCUUUUCCUCCAUUUGUCUGGAUCUGAGACCUGCAUUUGGUAUUAGCUAGCGGAAGCAGUAUGUAUGCCCAAAGUGCAUUGCUGCAGCUGGUAGCAUGAGUGGUGGCCACCAGCUGCAGCUGGCUGCCCUCUGGCCCUGGCUGCUGAUGGCUACCCUGCAGGCAGGCUUUGGACGCACAGGACUCGUAUUGGCAGCAGCGGUGGAGUCUGAAAGAUCAGCAGAGCAGAAAGCUAUUAUCAGAGUGAUCCCGUUGAAAAUGGACCCCACAGGAAAACUGAAUCUCACUUUGGAGGGUGUGUUUGCUGGUGUUGCUGAAAUAACCCCAGCAGAAGGAAAAUUAAUGCAGUCGCAUCCCCUGUACCUGUGCAAUGCCAGUGACGACGACAAUCUGGAGCCUGGAUUCAUCAGUAUUGUUAAGCUGGAGAGUCCCCGACGGGCCCCUCGCCCCUGCCUGUCCCUGGCCAGCAAGGCCCGGAUGGCUGGUGAGAGAGGAGCCAGUGCCGUCCUCUUUGACAUCACUGAGGACCGAGCUGCCGCUGAGCAGCUGCAGCAGCCCCUGGGGCUGACGUGGCCAGUGGUGCUAAUCUGGGGUAAUGAUGCUGAGAAGCUGAUGGAGUUCGUGUACAAGAACCGGAAGGCCCACGUGAGGAUCGAGCUGAAGGAGCCCCCAGCCUGGCCAGACUACGAUGUAUGGAUCCUCCUGACGGUGGUGGGCACCAUCUUUGUGAUCAUCCUGGCUUCGGUGCUUCGUAUCCGGUGCCGCCCCCACCGCAGCAGGCCUGACCCCCUGCAGCAGCGAACAGCCUGGGCCAUCAGCCAGCUGGCCACCAGGAGGUACCAGGCCAGCUGCAGGAGCGCUCGGGCUGAGCGGCCGGACUCAGGUAGCAGCUGCAGCUCAGCCCCUGUGUGUGCCAUCUGCCUGGAGGAAUUCUCUGAGGGGCAGGAGCUGCGGGUCAUUUCUUGCCUCCAUGAAUUCCAUCGAACCUGCGUGGACCCUUGGCUACAUCAGCAUCGGACUUGUCCACUCUGCAUGUUCAACAUCGUAGAAGGAGAUUCAUUUCCUCACUCCCUGGGACCCUCUAGAUCUUACCAAGAACCGGGCAGGAGACUCCACCUCAUUCGCCAGCAUCCAGGCCAUGCCCACUACCACCUCCCUGCUGCCUACCUGCUGGGCCCUUCUCGGAAUUCAGGAGCUCGGCCCCCACGACCUAGACCUUUCCUACCAUCCCAGGAGCCAAGCAUGGGCCCACAACACCAACGCCUCCCCAGAGCUGGUGCUGCACAUCUCCGGGCUUCAGGGGAGCAGCAGCACCUGCCAGUGGCCCAGCACCCCUACGCACAGGCCUGGGGGCUGAGCCGCCUCCGAUGCACCUCUCAGCAACCCACAGCUUGCCCGGUGCCUGUGCGCCGGGCCAGGCCUCAUGACAGCAGCGGGUCUGGAGAAAGCUACUGCACAGAACGCAGUGGCUACUUGGCAGACGGUCCGGCCAGUGAUUCCAGCUCUGGGCCCUGCCAUGGUUCUUCCAGUGACUCAGUGGUCAACUGCACGGACGUCAGCCUGCAGGGCAUCCAUGGCAGCAGUUCUACCUUCCGCAGCUCCCUGAGUAGUGACUUUGACCCCUUGGUGUACUGCAGCCCUGAAGGGGAUCUUCACCGGGAAGGGACACAACCUAGUAUGACCUCUCGACCCCGUUCCUUGGACUCAGUGGUGCCCACAGGGGAAACCCAGGUUUCUAGCCACGUCCACUACCACCGGCACCGGCACCACCACUACAAAAAGCGGUUCCAGUGGCAUGGCAGGAAGCCUGGCUCAGAACCUGGGGUCUCCCAGUCCAGGCCUGCUGCUUCUCGGACACAGCCCCAGCCGGAGCCACCUUUUCCCAAUCAGCAAGCCCCCAAAUCUAGCCCAGCAGCCCCUUUGGGGCAGUUCCCCAAUCCACAACGGUCCAGGGCCCUCGCAGAGCCAGGCCCUGGGCGAGCAGAAGCUGCCAGUCCAAGCCCCAGUCACUUGCAGAAAUCCAGCCUCCCCAUCCGACACACACAGAGAAAGCGGCGGGGUGGUCCGUCAGAGCCCACGCCAGCCUGUCGGCCCCAGGACUUGACUGUGCGCCCAGCUUGCCAGAUGUUCCCCCAUCACAGCCCCAGCCUGGCAUACCCUUGGCCCCCAGAGGCCCACCCAUUGAUCUUCAGACCUCCAGGCCUGGAGAGGAGGCUGCUCCCGGAAGCCCCAGGCCCUUGUUACUCAAGUUCACAGCCAGUGUGGCUGUGUCUGACUCCACGCCAGUCUCUGGGACCACAUCCACCAGGGGAGAGGCCUUCUGGGUGGAGUUCUGAUACCCCAGAGGGCAGGCCAUGCCCUUACCCACACUGUCAGGUGCUGCCAGCCCAGCCUGGCUCGGAGGAGGAGCUGGAGGAGCUGUGUGAACAGGCUGUGUGAGACGCUCAGGCCUACCUCUGACAAGAGCGCUCCAGAUGACUCAGGGUGCUGCCAGGCACAGAGUCCUGCUCCUGGAGAAGAAAGGAUCUCAGCAAACACCUUGCUUUUUGCCGUUCUUCCUGGAACCACCGGAAGAAGAGUGGCGAUGGUGGGUGGCAGGAGGAGCUGUUUCCUGUCCUGGCUCCAGAUGUCUGCAGAACACAUACCUGCAGCGAGUCUGUGUCUCACCAGGCAUCAGCUUCUGCCUGUGUGCAUCUGUGAGCUGUAUCCCUGAAGGCGUUUUGAGGGCAAGAAGCUAGGUGUGUGUGGCUAGGUGUUACAAAGGUGCUGCUCCUUGCCCCUGCCCUUCCAGGUCUCCUUCACCCCAGACCUCAUAAUCACACCAGCUUGUGGGUUCAGCCAAAUGCAGGAUCUCUUCUUACCUCUUUCCUCUGGUGAGCUCUGCACACCAGCUCUGGCUCUUCCGUGGUAUGGCUGCAUCAGGGACAAACCUGGCUUGAUAUUACCAUUUUCCUUCUUUAUAAAAGAACCGAGACGCUAGGUGAGCCCUGACCCUAGUAAGGGGGUUCUCUGCAGGCAGUGUCUGCCCUGGUACACAAAGGAGGAUGUUUCCCCCCUCUUGUCCUUUAAUUGUUCUUAAAUGUGGGAUCCACAGCUUAAGCCAGAGUUGGAAGUCAGGGCAUAGAGUUUUGUCCCUGAGGUGGGGGCAGCACCUUGACGAAGCUGGGGUGACACCUUUGAUCUUUCAUCUCCCUCUGUCACUCCUGUCACACCAGUUCCUCUGGGGAUGGGAAGUAGAGGUAGUGGGGAGGGAAUAACUUCCAUGGAGAUCUCCUGUGUCUAAGUCCAAAGUAGGUAAAAAGGAGAGAAUUUCUUCUGGACCUCAUCUGGGAAGAAAGAAGAUGGAAUGAAAGUGGAAAAGGCAAAAUUACAACCGAGCAAGGACAAUGAAGUUCUUCUCUGAGAGAAGUUUUGUCUCAGAGCAGGGAUGGGGAGCAGGGGAGAACAAAGGAGAAACAAAGUGUGACCCUUUGGGUUUUGCCCAGCUCCCCACUAUAAGCCAUAUAGGCCGGGGUCUACAGGUGUGCACACGGAAUGGAACUGGAGCAGAAGUUGGCCUGGGCAGCUUGUGUGAACGUAGGGACCUCUUUAGGGUGACAUUCACCCUGGGGGCAUCCUGACCCUUGCUAGCCCCUCAGGCGUUAUUCUUUGCCUGGAAUGUGAAUGUUGGGGGCAAGGUGGGCAUAAGAUCCUAUUCGGGAACCUUUUUCCCUCAAAAUCAUUGGGGAUACUAGCACCCAGGUACCCACGUGGGUAUUUAUAUCUGAACCAGACAGAAAGAGGCUUGAAUCAGGCACUAUGUUGAAAAAUGUAUUUAUUUGCUAAUAUAUUUAUCCAUAAAUGUGGUCUGGUCUUGUUUUCUUUUUGUCAUGGCUGUCACUCAGGGUAACAACUUCCUUCUCCAUCGAGAGAAAUAAAUUAUUUCUGACAUCA